AUGACAACUUCACCCCGCUAUCUGACCGGCGACGCCGCGGGGAUCCAGGACUUCCUCGACAAGUUUGAUGUCUUCCUCUUCGACUGCGACGGAAAGCAGGUUGUCUUCGUCACGAACAACAGCACGAAAUCCCGCGCAGACUACAAGAAGAAGCUAGAUGGCCUGGGGAUUCCAAGCAACACGCGCAAGGUCUUCGUGAUCGGUGAAACCGGCAUCGAACAGGAGCUCCGCUCUGAAAAUGUUCCGUUCAUUGGGGGUACGGACCCGGCGUACCGUCGCGACAUCACCCCGGAGGACUACAAGCGCAUUGCGGCCGGCGAUUCAUCCCUACUUGACCCGGAGGUUGGAGUCGUGCUGGUCGGGCUGGACUUUCACAUCAACUAUCUGAAGAUGGCUUUGGCGUACCACUAUGUUAAGCGCGGCGCCGUGUUCCUGGCUACGAACAUCGACUCUACGCUUCCCAACUCGGGAACCCUGUUCCCCGGCGCGGGAUCGAUGAGCGCCCCUCUCAUUAUGAUGCUGGGACAGGAGCCCGUGUCGCUCGGAAAGCCGAACCAGGCGAUGAUGGAUGCCAUUGAGGGCAAGUUCAAGUUCGACCGCGCCCGCGCGUGCAUGGUCGGAGACCGGGCUAACACUGACAUUCGUUUUGGCUUGGAGGGUCAGCUCGGGGGUACCCUGGCUGUGUUGACUGGGGUUAGCUCCAAGGAGGACUUUGUGGACGGUCCUAUCAGGCCGAUGGCUUAUCUGGACAAGCUUUCGGAUCUUCUCGCGUCGGCGCCGAACUAA